AACAUGACUGGGGAAAAGGUUAAGUGUAUUGGAAGGUUAGGAGUGAUUAUAUUGUUGAGAGUUGUAGCAUUAUUUGCAACAGCUACUGCUACAAUUGUUAUGGCUCUUAACAAAGAAACACACACUUUCGCGGUUGCUACAAUAGGAAAUAGUCCAGUUAAGAUCGCUCUCACGGCCAAGUUUCAACACACUCCUGCAAAUGUAAUGUUUGUAAUAGCUAAUGGGUUAGCCACUCUUCAUAGUCUCCUAAUGUUACUACUGACUUUUGUUAACCACAAGAAUGAUUUCAAAGGCCUACGGUUUGUAAUCGUAGCAGCAUUGGACAUGAUCACAAUUGCAAUAGUAUCCGGGGCAGCAACCGCAGUUGCUUUCAUGGGGGAAUUAGCCAGAGAUGGCAACUCCCACGCACGAUGGAACAAAGUAUGUGACAAUUUUGAUCGAUUUUGCGACCAAGCAUCCGGGGCCAUGCUUGCAUCUUAUAUCGGGAUCUUGUUCAUGAUGCUUGUAAACAUGCUCAAUGUCUUUGAACUUGGAAGAUUUAAUACUUAUAAGAACUCUAUAGUUGCAUGAUCAAUAAUGUAUGUUAGUCAAAUACAAGUGUGAUAUAUGUUGAUUGUUGAAAACAAACUUUGUAUUAAUUAUUUGAAGAUUU